UGUGCAUAAUGUUGAACUUUUGACAGAAUUGUUUGUACGUUCAAAUAAACUAAACAAAUGAUUAUAUCAAAUAACAGUGCAAUCAGAUAAUGUAAUAUUUAAUUUUCAAAAUUAUUCUUAAAAAAAUAUCUUGAAUUCUAAGUCUGUCUUCACACUCAAAAUCUAAUGCAACUUUAGUAUAAAUAAACUGUGAUCUCCACAUAUAUCGCUACGAUUCAACAGAUAAAGACUACACAGUUACAGUUCCUCUAUUUACGACCGUCGCUUGUCAACGACCGAUUAUACAAGAACUCCAAUAAGAAUAACAGAAUCGAUGCGUUCUGUCAGUUUCUAGUCUCCCCUUACAAAAACUGCAUACUCGUACGCCCGUACGGAGGAGACUCGAACAUGAUCGGAUAAUUAAAUGCUCUUGUUAAAACGAGUGUUGAUCAACCUGACGCUGAUCGCCGUGAUCCUCGUGCUGUUUUACUGCUACCAAACGUCAAAUGGUGCACGCUGGACGUUGCUGCGCGAGCAGGAGAAUGUCUCGGGCAGGCCGACCGAGGAGACCACCGCGUUCUACCUUCUCCGGAACGAUACGGUCUACUACAACGUCUGGUGCAUAUUUACGAAGGUCGCCAGCAAUUCGCCGAUGAGGCGGAAGUUUGCGAUAUUCGCUGAAUCCCUGCUACGUUUGUCCACUGUCGACAUCGCGUUUCACGUGAUCACCGACGACGAUAGUAAAACCGUCGCGGAGAAGGCUCUUGGGAACGUCUUAUCCUCCACAGGGAAAUUCAUGAAGGUGGAAUACUAUGAUGUGCAUAAGCUGGCGUCACAGUUAGAAGACAUAGUGUCUGCUAUGUCGCCUCAUUUCAGCAGCAAACCUGGGACUUACUAUUCCGAUGCUUUGUUCUUCUUGUCCUUGGGCCUGCAUCGAAUCGCUCCGGCUGAACAAGCCUUGGCAGCGAUGUUCGAUGCUGACACUAAAUUCCGUAAAGAUAUCAAACUGCUCUUCGAAGAGUUCAAGGCUUUUGGAAAUCAUGCACUUUUUGGUUUAGCUCCAGAACUAACACCAGUGUAUAGACAUGUUCUAUAUCUUUAUCGUAAUAAGCAUCCUGAAACGAAGUUCGGGGAGCCUCCGACUUCCAGGGGCUAUCCUGGUUACAACAGUGGGAUGGUACUUUUCAAUCUGGACAGGAUACGAAACUCGUCGGUUUAUGAUGAAAUUGUUAAAAAAGAGAGCGUCGACGCGAUCACCGAGAAGUAUCACUUUAAGGGACAUUUAGGGGACCAGGAUUUCUAUACCCUUCUCGGUAUGGAGAGGCCGGAAUUAAUUCACACGAUAGACUGCGGUUGGAACAGGCAGCUAUGCACGUGGUGGAGGGAUCGCGGGUACACGGAUGUUUUCGAGAAUUACUCGAGAUGCGACUCGGAAACGAAACUGUGGCACGGUAACUGCAAUACUCCGAUACCGGGCGAUUGAUUCAAGUCAAUCGUCGACAAACUCUGGACGAGGGAUCUCUAUUAGAAUUAUGGUUGGUGCAAUCGAAAUGGGAAGAAGACUGUACCUGUUGCUGAAUAGUUACGGGAUCUGUGAUUCCAAUAUAUAUCUUCCGUCGCGGUGGCAAUACGUUCAAAUAAUACUAUACUCGUGGAUUCGGGAACACGAGUAUAGGUUAUAAGUUGAAAAUUAAUUUUCUACGUUACAUGUUUAAUUGGAAUUGUAUUAGAGUUCUGACGUUGUCGUUGGUCGAGAGGAAUUUUUAUACCGUAAAACUGAUAGGUGCUAUUUUUGUACGGAAUUUGUUAAGGACCAAUGUACAUCAGUGGACUUGUACGAACAUAUAAAUAAAAUAUUUAUCGUAUUUUA